GAGGUGGAGCGCAACCUUCAGGACGCCAUGCAGGUGUGUCGCAACGUCCUCAUGGACCCGCAGCUGGUGCCCGGAGGGGGAGCGACCGAAAUGGCCGUUUCCCAGGCGCUGACCGAGAAGUCCAAGGGCAUGACGGGCGUGGAGCAGUGGCCCUACCGUGCCGUCGCCCAGGCUCUGGAAGUCAUUCCCCGCACGCUGAUCCAGAACUGCGGCGCUAGUACCAUCCGUGUGCUGACCUCGCUUCGGGCAAAACACACCCAGGAGGGCAGCCAGACGUGGGGGGUGAACGGGGAGACCGGAGCCUUGGUCGACAUGAAGGACCUGGGGAUCUGGGAGCCCCUGGCAGUCAAACUGCAGACCUACAAAACGGCGGUGGAG